AUGAUUCGCAAUCAUAAAUCACUAUCAGAAGAAGAAAUAUUGCUGCUUCUCGAAGGUGAUUUAUCUGAUUUGGACCUUGAUACGUCUGAUGUGGAGGAAGAGAUUGAACAUGCUUGGCAACAGGACCCUACUACACUGGAUAUACAGUUUCUUCAAGGAAUGGACUUUGAUAUGGUUGAAAUUCUGGACCCUCAAGCCAAUGAUGAAGAUGAUGUGCCCUUAGCUUCAAGAUUACUUGCUGAGCCACACCUUGCACCAAGUCAUUCCACUCAGAAAAUUCAGUGUGAUACACACCGGGAUCUUCGGUGGAGAAUGAAGGACAAUGAAGAAGUAGAAACAUCAUGUAAUGCAGUUUUUUCUGACCCUCCAGGAGAUGAACUGACACCUUUGCAGUAUUUCAGAAGAAGUGUUGACAUUAUCCAGAACCUAGUUGAGCAAUCUAAUCUAUACUGCACACAGAAAACAGGUGCACCUUUAUAUACAAAUGAUCGUGAAAUAGAAAAGUAUAUAGGAAUAAACAUCCUAGCAGGUGGUGUGAAAAUGCCUAGCUACAGAAUGUACUGGGCAGAGGCUACAAGAUUUUCUCCAAUAGCUGACUCAAUGCCUAGAAAUAGGUUUGAUAAGCUAAGAAAUUAUUUACAUGUGAAUGACAACACUAAAAUGAAACAAAGAGAUGACCCUGAUUAUGAAAAGCUGUCCAAGGUGAGACCAUUUGUUGACAAAAUCAAACAAGGUUUUUCAAUUAUUGAACCUGAGGAAUAUCAUUCAGUGGAUGAAUUAAUCAUUUCUUUCAAAGGUCAUUCAUCCCUGAAACAGUAUGUAAAAAGCAAAUCACACAAGUGGGGUAUAAAAGUUUUUGCCCGUGCUGGUUCUAGUGGCAUUGUGUACGAUUUUGAAAUAUACCGAGGGAAAGGAACUGUACAUAAUGAUGCUGGUCUUGGUAUAAGUGGUGAUAUUGUGAUAAGACUUGUGGAAGGACUGCCAAAAUAUAAAAAAUUUAAAGUAAGUGUUUACAGACAAUUGGUUCACCUCUAA